AUGACCCGUUUGGAAGAAAAACUCUAUUUACAAAGUGUUUUUAAUGUUAUUGACGAGGUCUAUAAAUUUAAGAAUCAUAAACAAGUAUUAACUUAUGAAGAACGUUUGCGUGCUUCAUUCAAUAAAUUACUUGUUCCUAAUUGGUUCAAUCGUGAUUAUACAUCUAACAAUGGCCUACGGAAAACAAAAUCUCAUGGACAAGUGUUUCAUACAAGACGGUAUGAUUUUAAUAAUAAUAAAAAUAAUGAGACUUAUGAUUCAUUAACAUCAUCAUCAUCAACAUCUAACGAUACACAUCGAUAUCGAUCACAGAGUCAAUCUUGGUCUGAACGACGUCCUAUAAGACAUGAUUCAGCAGCUUCAAGCUAUGAUACAAAUGGCAGUGUUAUUAUUAAUAGCCGACGUUUGAUUAAUUCUAAUGGAACAUCAACAUAUGCUCCCGGUUUGCAACGUGUUACUCAAUCAUCAACAUGGUAUAAACCAAAAACAUUUACUAUCAAUGAACAUACAAUUGAUCCACCAAAACCUUUACCAAGACAUAUGAAAAAAAUUGGUGAGUGA